AUGCCACGCCGACGCCGCCCUCCACGACCUGGCGCACUUGCGGAUCUGUCCCCGACCCGCAUACUCUCCCAGAUCCUACUGCUGCAACUUGCCUACUAUGCAUGCGCCGGCAUCCUUAUUGUCUUUACCGCGCUGGUAGCGGGCAAGGAGGUCAGCACCGAUCUCUUGUUCGGCUGGCAAAGUCUACGCGGCGAUACCACAAUCGGAUGGACUCUGGGUCUGGUCUGGGUGCUGAACAGCCUCGCCUGUGCCAUCUUCAUACUACUUCUCAUCGCCCGCUCCAAACUCGUUCUUGACUUCGCCCUGACUGUACACUUUAUCCACUUGAUUGUCACCUCCUUGUACACCCACGCCAUACCCGCCAACUUGUUCUGGUGGGCGCUGCAGAUAUGUAGCGCCACCAUCAUGACUUCGCUAGGCGUAUGGGCAUGCCAGUGGCGGGAACUGAGGCCAAUCAACUUUGGCAGCAAGAAGCCUUCGCCAUCACAACCAGCCGCAGAGGACGAGGGUGGAGAGUCUAGGGGAAGAGGCAGGGGCAGAGGCAGAGACGGCGCUGGUGAAUACGAGAUGGUUGGUAUGGGCGAGGGGGACAACAACGUCUGA